CUAAUGUUUUGUAUGGAAACGAAAUGGCGCUACAUUUGACACCUGUGUAAGGGAUGCUGUUGAAUGUUUUGAUGAAAAAUGAAGCCUGGGAAGGUUGGGAAGAAAAAGGGGAAGCACAAGUCAUCUAAGAGUAAAGAUUCAAGUAUCUCCUCUCAGGUAGAGGAUGUUCAGGUUCACACAGGGCUUCCACCUCAGGUAGAGGGACAGCUGAGAUGUUUCUGUCGGGUGUCUGUCAGUCAGAUCACCUGGAUUAUUCCAAACCCCCCUCAGGUCACACAUGUCCGUGUCAAGUGGUGGGGAGAGGCCGGAGAUGGGGCCAUCUUCAGGCCAGUGGAUGUGAAACACCCCGACAAGGUGGUGCCCAAGAUUACAGCCAGGUAUCCUGUAAGAUCCGGACCAAAACAGUUUGCUGCCUACCUGAGUGAUAUGGGCAGUUUGCUGAUAGAGGUGUUAAGUGGUCCCUCCAGGAUCCCUGUGGGCAGAGCAGAGGUGCCACAAAUUAGCCUCCUCUCUUCUUCCUAUCCCAUCAGCGGGUCUUUUCCAGUGUUUUCUUCAAAUGAAGACAAGAUUGCAGAAAUCCAGUUGUCUGUUAUGCUAGAGUCUUUGAUGGCUUCCUAUGACAGUAUGGGCUCUAUACCCACAACUGAUAUCAGUGGCCACACUGUAACCAGCAGUCAGGGCCCACGUUCCGUCCUCCCGAAAGAGUUACAGCCCUCUCCCUACACGCAUCCAACUAGGAACUCGACUGAGGACCCAUUCGCUUCUCCAGCCACAAACAAGACGGAAAGUCGGAGAGGCAAUGACAGCAUGAGCAGUGUUCGGCACUUAGACGACUUUGAACCUGCGGAUGAAGAGAGACGACUGCGUCCACAGGAGAACGGAGAUAGAGUGUUUAUUACGACUAGCGGUGAUGUGAUAAGGACCAACCCUACAGGCUUUAGUCAGACAAGUCACCAGCCCAGUGUCGCUGCAGGGAGACACCCUGUCAAACUGGACCUGGCUGGGCCAGCAUCAGGUGACCUUCUGGGGACACUACUGGACCGAGGGACCAAGCUUAGGGAGGCUAUGAUAGUGUCCAGUCUGACCACUGAGCCCACUGAUCCCACCUCCCACGACAGACCUCCACUGACCACCGCUCCCCUAGAUCUACCCAUGACCCCAAGUGUUACAAGUUCUUCUAAAAGACAUCCAGAUGGAACAUUGUACAAUGGGCUCUCUGCCUCAGCAAGGCCGCCUUCCCCAGGCAAGUCUCAUCUACCUGGAGAAUCUGACCUGUCUGAUAUUGAGGGUCGGGCAGUGGAUCUGAUCAUGGGACAGACCAUUACCAACAAGGAGUAUCAGUACCUGCGUGCCUUUGACAGUAGCCCUCGCUCCAGUAUCUCGGAUGAUGCAGACCUGGCCAGUGAUCUGGGGGACCCUCUACAUGACGACACCAUUAUACAGGAGCUCUUCUACAAACACUCGGACAGUGAAGACAGCAUUAUGAGUGGUAUCAGUGCAGAUGAAAGUCGUAUCAGGAGCAAGUCAAACUGCUCCAUCACAUCUGUAGAAGACCCUGGAAAUAUGCGACCUCCAUCGCGGCGGUCAUCUGUAUCAAGCGGUGCUGAGCUGGCAGCCCUGGAGAAGCAAAUCCGUGCUGAGACACCAACCAAGAGGAAACCCAGAGCAAAGGUGAAGACGAAGAAGACCAGAGUGGUAAAGAAGCGGAGACGAUCGCGCAGUGUCACAGGGAGUGUGAGCAGUGUCAGUGACAGCGGGGACAUGAGCACACCCAGGUCAGAGACGUCCAGGGUCUCCUUUGACAUGACCCCGUCUGAUUUAGAUGAACCAGUUGUUGAUAAACCCCCUAAGGCUGGUGUGGAUGGGCUCAGCGUAGAGAGACUAACUCUGCUGGGCAGAGUCCAUGUGGCUAGAGUCACCAUCGACUCUCUUGAUUUAUCCUCAGCUAACCUCAAUGUAUCUACCUCCUCAGCCAAGAGAGGGCGAGUUCUCAAGAAGGGGAAACCACCCAAGGCUUCUCCAAAGCCUAAAAAGCCAUGCACUUACUUCAUAGAAUACCAAUUUCCUGUAGUUGCCACAUCACGAGAUAAACAUGCUCCUAACGCCAUGGCAACUGAGGUCAUGAGAGUCGCAUCUAAGACUGUGAAAGAAAGCAGUGUACUGUUUAACCACCGAUCUGUCUUUCCGAUCUACUUUGACGGCUGUGUCAUUGAGAAAUGGUGGAAGUCCGCUCUGCUGUUCAAGGUCUUCAGUAGAACUCCAGGACAGAAAAUUCCAGUGCAGGUGGGCUGCUGCGGAGUGUCCCUCAAGUCCAUCCUGAAGUCAGAGAGCCUGAGUGUGAACCGCAGCCUGGAGAUCAGGGAUGGGUCAAGGUCAGCCAACAAGAGAAACUCUUCAUGGAUGGACUCCUGCAGGGGCAAUUUGAGGGUGACUGUGGAGCUCGCCUCAGACAGUAAAGAUUUCUCCUCUGUCAUGGCUCGUACCAAACUGGCAGAAAUGCAGGGCAAAGUGAAGAUAGUACCCAUAACCCCUUCCCCACAUACAGACCCUCCUCCACCCCCACCCUCACUGCCAUCUCCAUCAUCACCACUAAAGCCAGAGAGUCAGAACUACCCUAUGGGUCUUGAGGCUGCCAGGAAGUACAAGAGGCUGUUAGCACAAAAGGGUGUUCCAUCAGGCAUCUCCAGUCAGACUGAGCCACAGAGGACAGAGCUGAGCGCCCUGGGGCUGGGAGUUGCCCCACCGGCUGCUAGAGACCCCACAUACAAACAGACAGUCUACCCAGACUCCACACACCCUGGGAUGCACACAGAUAACAUUGAGGCCCCAACCCUGUACACUAUGCUGCUAAUCCCUGAUGGUAAAAACCUGACCGCUGAGGCAGUGGGGCCAGGCCACGCCCUGUCUAAACAGACUGUCAAACUGAACCACCCCUCUACAAAGAUCUCAGGUGUUGAAGGUCGAAAUCUAACCACUAGAAACACGUACCUGGUGUGUCGGAUGUUUUGGUGUGAUGAUGUUGUCAGCUCUAAUGUCACCUGGGGAACUUCAGAACCUCAUUAUGGCUUUCUUCAGGUUGCACCAGUCUUGGUCACUGUCUCUUUACUGGAAAGAAUGAGGAAUAACUUCAUGAUUGUUGAGAUUUGGGAUAAGAAAACUUCAGCUCAAAAUGAUAAGUUGGUGGGCAUAGUGAAGCUGAGCUUACAUCAGUUCUACAUGUCCUUCAGAGAUCAGAAGAUUGCCAAGUCUCUGCUGCGAUCUCAGUUUCCUGUGAUAUCUGUAGACAACUAUCUGGCAAUCAUGGACCCUUUUUCUGGGGCUCAGGUUGGCCAGCUUAAGGUGCUAUUGGCUAUGGGGUCAUCGGAACAGGUGUCGUAUCUGCAGCGCCUGAAGGUAGACCAGGGCAUCGUCUCUACCCCAGACAGACCUCUGCACUUCCAUGAGAGGCAGGACAUGGUGGACAAGUCUCCGAGUACAGGAGGGUUAUUGGGCGCGGAAGCAGCAGUGGACCACCAGUUUGAGGUGGUGGUUGAAGGGAUCAGGAACCUAAAGCUGUUUGAGGAGAUGAUCUGGGGCGAGGCUGACUGUUUUGUACAGUAUUACUUCCCCGCCCAGGCUCAGUCCAGCUCCCCUGGGAUGCAGCCACAACAUGCUGUGUGUACACUGAAGUCUUUCCGCACCGCGACAACUCUAUGUUUGCCAGACCCCACCUUCCAUGAUGUGACACGCCACCAUCUGGUCUUACCCAUAGGAUCACCUGUACAAAGACAGAUCCUCUCAGCCUGCUCGGGAUCAGGGCAUGGCUCAGGUGGCCUCCCUUUUGAAGUCUGGUGUCGGUAUUAUCAUCCCAAUGUCAGGGAUCAAGUUGUGGCAAAGGGCACUCUGCCACUUGCAAAGCUUUGCGCCAUGGUCACCAUGCAGAAAAAGGGAGAGACUGCUGUCCAGACAUUCUCACUACCCUUGACCCCUGCCAUCUCCCAGUCAAAUGGCCAUGACCCAGAAAAGGAGGCCAAGGUGAAGGAGUCUGGCUUGAUGGAUUUCACUGUGACCUAUAAAAGUCAGCUGUCCCAGAGUGAAUCAGGUGGUCUGGGAUCAGGCAAACAUCAGGCUCAGGUGUGCAUCAGUGUAGGUGUGCUCAGAGCUUCAGGGCUGAAGUCAGCAGCAGAGGCUGUUGCUCGCCUGGACUCUGGCAUGCAGUACCCAGCUGAGGUUGGGGUAAACACCUACAUCAAGGUGGUCUUCUCAUUUCUCUCUAAAGAGGAUGAGCGUAUAACGAGAACAGUGGCACGCAGCUUUGCCCCAGAGUUUUCCCAUCACAUGGACUUCCCCUGCUCUCUUCUCUGGACAGAAGCAGACUCGGAUGCGCUAAGCCUGACUGAGAUUCUGGAAUCAGGGGAGGUGACUCUGGAACUCUGGCAUCAGGUCCCGGGCUUGUCAUCUGGUGUACAAGAACCUGAGUUCUUGGAGGAUGAUGACAUCAAAGGGAGACGACUGGUGACAAAGACAGGAGAUGUCCUGCUGGGAACAAGUACUAUACAGCUCAGAGCUUUGCUAACUCACAGGACUGGUAUAAGUGGGUGGUAUCCUGUCCACACUUCCACCAAUCAGUGGUCACAUAACAAAGACAAGAACCAAUUAGAGGAGGCUUCCCCCUCUGGGAAAGGUCUGGGUCGUGUGGUUGGAGGGGUGGAAUUGUCAAUAAAGUUUGCUCACCAUGACGACAGGGAGAGGGUGAUUCAUGCUGCUAGAGGGGUGGGCUGGUCCCCGCUGGAUGUGGAUGUGGAGGAGGAGGCCUGGGAAAGUGAAGAUGAGACAGUAGGAAGAGCCUCUCAGAUGCAGGUAUCAGUGGACCAGGCGUGUUUCCCCUUACUCAAUGCCAUGAUCAUUGGUCAGAACAAACUGGAUCAUUCUGCCAGGUGUUACGUCAGGUACAAGAUCUAUGACAGAGCGGCUGUCGUGUCCAAAGCUCAUGGGUUGGAUCAUCCAGAGUUUGGGAUCCUCAGGUCAAAAAUCAAACACAAACAGUUGCUACAGCUCCCUGCAAGCUCUCCAUUCAGGUGGUACCUGCGAGAGGAGAGACUAGAGAUUCAGGUCUGGGUGAGCUAUGGCCGACAAUCUGAGGAACAACGACCCCGACACAGGGACAAGCUGAUUGGCUCAGCAUUCAUUGACAUGGAGACAUUAGCAGACCCACGAAGGAAGCAACACCAAAUAAGUGGUCUGUACCCACUGUUCAAGCCUGGAGCAGCCAGUCUGGGAGGAGCCUACCUGAGGGCACACAUAAGCCUUAAGCCUCUUCUGGGACCAGUGGAACAGAUAUGUCAGAUAGAAGAGGGCAGUGAUGUGGUCGAAGAUGAAGAUUAUGACCCUAAUGACAGCUUCCAUCAAGUGGUUACCACGGCACCCAGAAAUGAGGUCAUAGGUCAGAAGGAGGAGCCAGACACACCCACAUUUGCUGCCCAUAUCUCUGUAGAGAGAGCAAUGCACCUGCCAUGGGUGGCAGAGAAACAUGGGUCCCCCUCCUGUGAGCCUAACUCAUAUGUGUCAUUCCAAACAUCCGAGGUGAGUCGUCCCGUGUUCACCAGUGUGGUAGUCGCGUCAGAGGCACCUGUGUGGGAUUUCCAGAUAGAGACACAACUUACCACAGAACUCCUCUUCAUGGAGAGUAAGCAUUUAGUAUUCAAGGUGUGGCAUAAACCUGACACUGCCUCCAAAGAACCAGAUAGAUCCUCUGACCGUGUCCUGGGCUUUGUCACCGUGGACCUGGUACCUCUGACUACAGGGCUACAGCAGAUCUGUGGCUGGUACAACAUCAUGGAUUUCAAUGGCCAGUGUCAGGGCCAAAUCAAGGUCAGUGUAACCCCACUGGAGUCUCUGUCUCCAUUCAGAAGUGGCCUACCAUCACCUUUGUUGGACGCCCACCAUGCUCCAUUCCGGAGCUCUGUGUUUUACCCACCAGGGUUCUCCGGGGUGACUUGGUCAGACCAGCCCCCCUGGGCACCCAGCCACUCAGAGACAAGUCUACCUCAUUUCCAGGAACACUAUGAAAGUGUCAAACAUCAUCAUGAGAUGCUGCAGAAACAGGGCCAGAUAAAGCCACCUGAUGACAACCAAGGGGAACAACCUGAGGUGUCACUUCACUGGAAGCCACAGUUACCUGAUUUAAGGGAGGAGCCCAGUUCUUCCAAGUCUUUUUUGUUCUCUGCUCUCAGAAAACAGCUCACAGAACUAGAUGAAAUCAAUGAUAAAUUCAAAGCCCGACUGGCAAUGCCAGAGCCCAGACACCAGGACACUCAGCUCCACUUCAGGACAGAGAGACUACCCCUGUUCACUAGAUCUGAUCACCCGGCCGAAAAUGGUCAAUCAGCUCACCUUAAUCUCAACUCCACCAUCGGGGCGAACUCCUACACCUCCCAAUCCAUGGGCAAAGAUAGUGCUAGAGACAGUGUCAGUGGACAGGACAGUGGGAAUGUGACAGCAACCCACCACGAGACCAGCAAUGAUUUGAUUGGUUCUCAUUCGGCAGUGCCAUCUGGAAUGUCCACACAAUCAGGGGAGGUAACUGGUGCCAUUGAUCAGCCUGUGUCAAACACUAUGAGCUCUGAGCUGGACGUGCCUGAGGACUUUCUACACAACCAUGUCCCUCCUCAGAUACAGGAGCUCCUGCAGGCUGCACGGCAGCUUCACCAGCCCCCGCCAGAGCCCCAGGAGAGAGCACCAGCCACAGAGGAGCUGGACUUGUCCAGCAGUGAUGAGGAGGAGGAGGAUCGUGAUAACCAGCAGAACUACUUCCAUCAGUAUCAGGAAUUUUUGCAAGAUGGAGGAGAUAACAGCAGCGAUGACCAGGAAGAAGAGGAUGAUGUUGACAUCAUCACACCACGAGCUCUGAACGACAUCUCUAGCAAAGGGCCAAUGACAGGGGAGAUAACUGGUACAUCUCACAUGAACCGUACAGGACCACAUGGCACAAGGCACAUCUUUCCAUCUCCCAUACCUGAACUGUCUUCUUUUUCUAACACAGAUAGCUGGCUGGUUGAGCCACAGCAUACAACAAAUCUAGCUGUAAGCACCCCUGCAGAAUUCGAUGCUGAGGACUACACCCAUCCAACCCCAAUGCCUUUUGACAUUGACUCCCUGUCAGAUUGCGUGGAGUGGGAAAAUAACUCAGGUGAGGAGUUUAGUGACAGGCCAGAGACCGUGCAGGAUGAGAAGGUACGGAUUAAAACGGUCAGACAUAACCUGGUGGCUGAAGACAUGAACAUCGUAGAGACCACUGGUAGAUCGCAACCCUCUCCAGAAUCAGGCCAUGAAGAUUGUCAAUUCUCACCAAGAGCAGAUUAUAAUAAUACUGAAAACUUUGUGCAGUUCAGCCAUAAUAGUGGACAGAAUUCUCCAUGGUCAAGCCAUAAUAGUGGACAGAAUUCUCCAAGGUCAAGCCGUAAUGAUGCACAGAAUUCUUCAAGGUCAAGCUAUAAUGAUGCACAGAAUUCUUCAAGGUCAAACCGUAAAGGUGUACAGAGUUCUCCAAGGUCAAACCAUAAUAGUUCACAGAAUUCUCCAAGGUCAAACCAUAAUGGUGCACAGAAUUCUUCAAGGUCAAACCAAAACUAUGGACAUAGUUCACCAACGCCCAGCCAUAAUAAUGAGCAGAAUUCACCAAGGCUAAACCAAAAUGAUGAGCAGAAUUCACUAAGGUCAAGCCAUAAUGGUGCAGUGCAUUCUCCAAGAUCUGACCAUAAUGAUACUCAGAGCUCUGCAAAAUCCAACCUUGAAGAGAUACAUUCCUCUCCAAGGUCAAAUCAUAGUAACAGAUCACAAAGUUCAGAGGUCAAGGUGAUAAAGGGAUUACCUCCCUUGUCAGGACCAGGUUGGGGUCAGAGUAAAGAUACCAGUAGUGGAACAAAUUCAUCAUUGUCUACACCCAGAGCUCCUCUUGGUGUCAUCACACUGGACAUGUCCAUCAAGGAUGAGGCAGCUGAAAUUGUCCAGCCAAAGAAUGCUGCAAACAAACCAAACAGUGCUCAGAACAGUGACCAUUCCACUCCAAGGGAAGGAACUCUUCCUCACUCCCAGGUUCCCAACUUCUUCCCUUCUGCAGUACAGUUAGAGCAGUCAAUGAAAGCUCUUCAACUUGUGACAUGUAAACCAGGCCAGCCUUUGGAUGAGACCAGACUGAAGGAAAAGGCUUCUGUAGCUCAGGAGUUUGUCAAAAAGCUGUCCAAAGGGUCCUCUGUGACAAAGACAGACAAGUUCCAGAACAGCGGGCUCAAAAACAAACCAUUACCAACUGCAGACGAAACCAAGAGGAUAGCAAAGAUCUUUGCUUCUAAGUUUGCAUAGAGCGUACAGACACAUUGUUGUGAUAUUUUUAAUACCUGGUAUUAACAUACCUUUCAGCAUAUCACUUGUUUUAGCUCAGCAGAAUGUGACGACUUCUCCAAAUGUGCAGGUAGAAAAGUGUUGUUAUUGCCAAUUGAUUGUCUGUCAUCAGGACAUGUACAACCAUUCCCAAAGGCAUUCCAAGCAUUGUGCUUUAUCUAUAUGCUAUAUUCCAUCUCUUUUGUUACAUAAUUUUUAUUGUAGUUCCAAACCCGUAGCUUACUGUAGCUGGCAAAGAAUACAAUGAUAGGGUAUAGAAUCUUGGACCUUUUCUGCCAUAAGUAAUUUGUAUCAAAGCUGUGUUGUCUUCUAUUCAUUUCUUUCUUUGCGAUGGUGAUUUGUGGACCAAGUGGCAAAAUAUUACUCAUUUAAUGCAAGAGAAUAACUGUCAAUCUGGCCUGGGCCCCGAGUUACCAUGGUGUGGGAUGUGUAUAUGUUGUCAUGGACAGCUUGUACUGGAGCGGACUGACUGAAUGGCAGAGCUCCCUAUUGCUAGCUGAAAAUUUUCGCCUUUCUUUCAACUAGUCAAUAGUGUUAAGUUUCCUGACACAUUCUUUCAUUUAUUAUGCAAAUGACAUGAUGUAAUCUGCAUUCAAAAUCUUGAAAAAGUAUUUUGUAAGAGAUUUAUUACAUCUCUUUUAGUAUAGAGCUGUGAUUCUGUUUUAUUUCCACUGCUGCUGACCUACUGAAAGUUGCUAAGCAGUUUUCAUUUAGUCUACAUGUCUCACAUGUGGUGUGGUGCUGUCAACCUAACCAAACCAAUGGCUCUUACGAUUAUAUGGAAACACCCGUGUUGCCAGCCUAGCCUUGCCAGUCGUCUGACAUUGUUUGUCGUUGUUGUAACACGAUUGGUUCUCAUCCGCUGGCGACACCAGUGUUUCUCACUACUGUUUUGUUAAUGGUCAGUUGAGAUUCGCAACACAGUCUGUUGGAUCCUGAUAAUUUUGUGAGACCCAGGUGUAUUGUUAUUGAAAGUUACUGGGUGUUGGAGUUAAGAACCCUUCUGGCCAAUUCUUUGAAUUUAUUGGUAACUCACUGAAACAAGCUGAUAUAAUUGUACUAUGCAUAUGCUUAUGUAAUGUUGAGUUGAUAAAUCAGUGUACAAACACAAUGGUUCAUGUUCUGUAUGUAACAGUGAACGUAUAUUUUGCUUGAUCAUUCUGUAUGUAACAGUGAACAUAUAUUUUGCUUAAUUAACAAGCAUGUUUCUUUGUAAGGCCAGAUACAAACCCAACAAUCCACCAAGUCCACUGAAUUAUCAACAGAGGUAUAAAUAUCACAUGUACUUAAUCUUGUUAGCUGUACUAGAAAUAAUGGGUGGAUAUGGUUUUAGAUGUAAUAAAUGCAGUAAGGCUUAUUUGUAUACAUCUGAUAGUGAUGCAUGGGUUGAAGGUCUUGUUUUAGUCAGACAUCUUUAACAUUAUUUACAAAUCCAAAAUAAAAACAAGAUGGGCAAAAACUGUGACUAUAGGUAAAUAAGCAUAUGGAGUUGUUAGUAGACAAAAAAAUUGUUGAGAUUUGUGUUGGAGGAAAUUUAGCAGUAGAUGUUACCUUAAUCACCCAAGAUAUACACAAAUUUUUGAGCUACUUUAUCAGAGUUCAGAUAUUUUGCUUGUAUGUAAGGUUACUUUUGUCCAUGGCCAUUGGCGAAGGUAUGGUUUUCUAGGAUCUUCAUGUAAGAUGAAUGUAUUCAUUAGGGGAAUCUAGGUGGUUAGAGGCCUGUAGGAACUACGCUAUAAAUUGUUAAUCUUAUUCAACCACCUCUGCAACCUAACUUUUAAAAGUUCUGAGAUAACUAUGGGAUGCAGAGAAGCAUUUUGCAUAGUUUUAUGAGGUUUGCAUCUUUAGUGACACAAACAAAUCAUUUUAGUAUCAUUUUCAUAAUUGUAUGCAUAAAUUCUACUGAAAAAAAGUGCUUCACAGGUCAUAAGGUUGAAGAUUUUGCAGUACAUGUUCUGACAGAAGUUUUCAAAUUUUAUAGUGGAAGCUCCCUUAUGUGUAUUUUUUUCGUGGAUUUUUUCAGAUUUAAGUUUACAAGUGGUACAUUCUGUUUGUAAUUCAUUCUUUUGCAAUAUAUAUUCUUGGGCCCAGAGGUGAAAACUGUGUAUCGUUGAAUGAGGAAAACUUAAUACCACUUCUAAGAGAAUAGAAACAGGAAAAACCAUUUUCUAGACUAAUCUGACACAGUCUAAUUAAUAGAGUAAUAGUGUCCAGAGUAAUAUGCAUGCAUGUGUAAUGUACUGUAGAGUAUCUCACAAAAAGCAU